UGAAUUUGGGCAAUCUGUCUUUCUUAAAUUCUCCUCCUGAUUUUCAGUGUUUACACCUAUCUACCAAAUUGCUCUUGCUCUUGUAUAACUAGUUUGUCAAUUCCCCAGCCCUUCAUGGAUCCAUCCUCUUCCUCUCGAGAACUCGGAUCCGUCAGACCCGAACCAAAGAGCUUCAAAACUUGUGUUUUUCCUUUUUCCCCCCCUACUCCCACAACUCGAUGGAACAAUGAUGUUUUCCUCAGUUUCAGAGGUGAAGACAUCCCAGAGAGUUUUACAGAGCAUCUGCUUCGAGCUUUGGAUCAGAAAGGAAUAUCGACAAUUCAAGGUGAGCCUCGGGAACCAAUGGGUCCAAGUGACUUCAAACCAAUUGAGGAAUCAAUAUGUGCAAUUGUCAUUUUUUCACCCAACUUUGCCAAUUCAACUUGGUGUUUGGAUGGGCUUGCAAAGGCCGUUGAAUGCAUGAGAAAGCCGGAGGGAAUAGUCCCAGUUUUCUAUGAUGUAGAUGACGGUGACGUGAAAAAUCAAAGGGGCUCUUUUGGGGAAGCUUUCUCCCAGCUUGAACAACGCUUCAAAGCCGAUCCGGCGAGGAUCCGAAAAUGGAGAUCUGCACUUAAAUCCGUAGGCCAUGUCAGUGGGUGGUAUCCACGAAAAUCCAGAGACGAAGGCAAAUCCAUUCAAGAGAUUGUUGAAAAAGUUGUCAUUGAACUAGCGGCACAAAAAAAGGAACAGUUGUGGAGGCAUCUGGAUGAUAUGCUUAACGAGGCCGCCAGUAAGAGUGACGCUCCAUAUGCUGAAAUCGAUACUAAUGUCACCAUCGAGGAGCUGUUGCGAGAGUCGGAGGGAGUAGCACCUUCCCGAGAGCUGAUGGACCAGAUGGGUUCACGUUCCCGAGUACUUGCCAAGCAGCACCAGUUCCUCGAGAUUCAGGAGAGCGCGAGGCUGUCCCCCCGAGCCUCGACUGGUGCGGUGGGGCGUGGUGUUGUGAAUGAGCCGACGGGGUCGGGGGUUGAAGUGGAGAUCUCCGUUGAUGAGCUGGUUGAGGAAGUGGAGCGGUGCCAAAUUGAUACCAGUGUCAGGGCUCGUCUGGUACAAGAUGCUGUGUUAGAGCAGUUGGAUGCCAUUUUUGGUGACGAUAUCGGUGGUCCAGUAUCGCAAGAAGUCAUUACUGUCGACAGCGGGGAAGCCGAGGUGACUAGCCAGGCUGUUGGUGAUGCGGUGCCUACUGAUGAGGCUCCUAAAGCGCAACAGGUGGGUGAGGGUGAUGUUGGGGGUGCUCAGGUUGCCAAGAUAGAUCCCCCUAUCCAGGCUCGUCUGGUACAAGAUGCUGUGUUAGAGCAGUUGUGUGCCGUUUUUGGUGACGAUAUCCGUGAUCUGGUAUCUCGAGAAGUCAUUAUUGUCGAUAGCGGGGAAGCCGAGGUGACUAGCCAGGCUGUUGGUGAUGCGGUUCCUGCUGCUGAGGCUCCUAUGGCGCAACGGGUGGGAGAGGGUGAUGUUGGGGGUGCUCAAGUUGCUAAGACAGAUGCCCCUGUCCAGGUUGGCGGGGUGGAUGGUAUCCGAGUAUCGGAUACUUGUGCUCCUACUGAUGGGGCUAGGUCGAGGGAGAAGGCUACCUCGCAGCUUCGUCUUGGAAGUCCCCCGGUGGGUGUUGCUGUCGAUCCUCAAGGGAGGAAGAAAUCUCGGGUUGAAGGUGUAGCGCGUUCGAGAUCUACAAGUGGAGGCGCUCGGGAUUCUCGUGAUGAGGUGGCUGAGGGUCUCGCGCGCACUCUUGGGGAGAUCGGGAUCACAGAUGGUGCCAUUCUUCACAUGGUUGCUGACUUGCGCCACUGUCAUCGUGAUCGCAGCCGUGUGAAUGCUGAGGAUCCUCGCCUUGGGUAUCGAGAGGCUCAGGAGAGAUUGAUGAGGGCUGUGAACAUGAAUUAUCAAGCCUCCGCCGAGUUGAUUGCACAUUUUGAUCAGGAGAUCGCCCGAUUGCAGGGGGAGCUGAACGUCGAGAGGGAGCGGGCACGCGAGCCUCAUGGGGCGCUGGAUCGAGGCCAAGUAGAGCGUGAGGAGAUGAGGAGGGCGAUUGAUGAUGGGAUCACGAGGAGGAUGGAAUUGGAGCAGUCGCUUGCAAUGGAGGGGUCUCGUCGUCGGGAGGCUGAGGAUGCUGUUGCCCCACUGAGGAAGUCGAACCUGGACCUAACUUGUAAGCUGCAGCGAGCCGAAGUUGGCCUGAAGGCAUUGGAAGAGGUGAGGGCCCAGGCUCGUGAAGCUGAAGAGCGUAUGCAAGAUUUGGAGAGACAGGUCUCGGAACGCGAUGCCGAGUUGGAGCUUCGUGACGCCAGGUUGCUGAGUUUGGAUCCUUAUCCCGAUCGCGUUUUGGAGUUGGAGGGGCAGGUUGGUACCUUGCAAAGGGAAAUUGAUCGCUUGAGGAACGUCGAGUGUCAAGCUGGCCAGAAGGAUGCGGAGCUCGAGCAGUUGAGGAAGGAGCUAGUCGAGCAGCGACACGAUCAUUACCUUUUAUCCUCCAACUUUCAGGAGAAGAUAAAUAAGGCCUUCUCGGAUGGGGCUUUGCACUCGAUCCGUGAUGGUAUCGCCGCUGGCUGGAUUGAUAAAGAGAAAAUGGUCAGCUAUAUGCAGGUGAAUCAGGCGGCGAGAUUGCAAACUAGUGCCGCGAGUGGUGGUCGUGGCGGGGGUAUCGUGAUCCGCGAGCACGUCUCGAGCUAGGUCGGCGAUCGCGAGGCGGAGGGUGCAAAUGUGGACGAACAAGGGGAAGUGCGUGUGGAUGCCGAGGUCGAGUUGCAGGGCGAAAAUGUUGGGGAGUGAGACCCAGUGGGGCAGCAGGCGCGUAGUGCCGAGGGCGAGACAUAAUCUCUUUCUAUUUUUGCUUUACUAGUGAUAGGCUAGUUGAUGUGUACAUGCUUUGAAUUUUGUUGAGACAUAGAUUGAUUGGGCUUCCUUUCGGAAUGUCCGUUUUGCGUUGGGAAUAUGAAAAAGUUUAUUGGGA